UUGAUUAUGGGACCCGCCUUCCUCUGGCAAGAUGGCGCCGCUGUUGGUACAGCUGAAAUGUGGACUCCACUUGCAAAGACAAACAUUUACUACUUUACUCCAACAUACAAGUUCGUAUCAUAUUUGGAGAGGAGGUAACACACCGAAUGGGAAGCAACAGACGACUUAUUUGCUGAGCCCCAACCUGAGGACAGCCUCAUGGACAGUCAACAGAAGUGACAACAGACGUAUACUGGAGGCUGCAAAGCAUUUGCAGGUGACCGAGAGGACAUGUUGGCACGGCAAUGCAGGUGGAAGGCUAAACGCAGACCCCAAAAAUGUGUUGAAGGAGGUGAAUUCCCGGACCAUCCUGUCUAACAUGUUGUCCUACGUGUGGCCCAAGGACCGGCCUGAUCUUCGGGCUAGAGUUGCCAUCGCCCUGGGGCUGCUUGCUGGAGCUAAGAUGACCAACGUGAUGGUACCCUUCAUGUUUAAGUAUGCUGUGGACGAGCUGAAUGGACUGUCAGGUCAUAUGUUGAACUUGCAGGACGCCCCCAGCACCGUGGCUACCAUGGCAACUGCUGUUCUGAUUGGCUACGGUGUGUCCCGUGCCGGUUCGGCCCUCUUCAACGAGCUGCGUAACGCCGUGUUUGGGAAGGUGGCCCAGAGUUCCAUCCGGCGUAUCGCCAAGAACGUGUUCCUGCACCUCCACAGCCUGGACCUGGGCUUCCACCUGUCCCGCCAGACGGGGGCGAUGUCAAAGGCCAUUGAUAGGGGCACCAGGGGCAUCUCCUUCGUCCUCUCUGCCAUUGUCUUCAACCUGGGACCCACUGUUUUUGAGAUGGGGCUGGUCUCUGCUAUCCUGUAUUAUAAAUGCGGGGUGGAAUUUGCUGCGGUAACUCUGGGUACUCUGGGAGCGUAUACAGCCUUCACCAUUGCUGUCACACAGUGGAGGACUCGGUUCAGGAUAGAGAUGAACAAGGCAGACAACGAGGCAGGAAACGCUGCUAUUGACUCUUUACUCAACUAUGAGACCGUUAAGUAUUUCAACAAUGAGAAGUAUGAAGCAGAGAAGUAUGAUGGUUAUCUGAAGAGCUACGAGUCCUCCUCCCUGAAGACCACCUAUACCCUGGCCAUGCUCAACUUUGGACAGAGUGUCAUCUUUAGUGUGGGCCUCACUGGUAUCAUGGUGCUAGCUAGCAAGGGGAUCAUGGCAGGCUCUAUGACAGUAGGAGACCUGGUGAUGGUGAAUGGUCUGCUGUUCCAGCUCUCUCUGCCUCUUAACUUCCUGGGCACCGUGUACAGAGAGACACGCCAGGCCCUGAUCGACAUGAAUACACUCUUCACACUGCUCAGUGUUGACACCAAGAUUAAGGAAAGAGAGCUGGCCCCUCCUCUCUCCGUCACCCCUCAAGAAGCCACCAUCAGGUUUGAGGAUGUCUACUUUGAGUACCUGGAAGGACAGAAGGUUCUAGAGGGCGUCUCCUUCCAGGUGCCGGCUGGGAAGAAGGUGGCCAUCGUAGGAGGGAGCGGAUCAGGGAAGAGCACCAUAAUGCGUAUGUUGUUCCGGUUUUACGAGCCCCAGAAGGGAAACAUCUACAUCGCUGGACAGAAUAUCAGAGACGUUGGACUGGACAGCCUGCGACGGGCCGUAGGGGUGGUACCACAGGAUGCAGUGCUCUUCCACAACACCAUCUUCUACAACCUUCAGUACGGGAACAUCAACGCCACGCCAGAGGAGGUGUACCAGGUGGCACGGCUUGCAGGGAUCCACGAUGCCAUCCUUAGGAUGCCCCACGGAUAUGACACUCAGGUCGGCGAGAGGGGGCUCAAACUGUCAGGUGGGGAGAAGCAGCGUGUGGCCAUAGCCAGGGCCAUACUGAAGAACCCUCCUAUCCUGCUGUAUGACGAAGCUACCUCCUCACUGGACUCUAUCACUGAGGAGAACAUUCUUAGUUCCAUGAAGGGUCUGGUCCAGGACCGGACGUCCGUGUUCAUUGCUCACAGACUGUCCACCAUCGUAGACGCAGACGAGAUCAUCGUACUCAACAAGGGUAAGAUUGCAGAGCGAGGGGACCACCACUCUCUCCUGGCUACUCCAGGCUCUCUGUAUGCUGACCUGUGGAACACUCAGAACAGUAAGAUACUGAACGUUAAGAACAGCCCGGUGGAGCUGCAGCCAGAGAGACUCAGCCAGAAGGAGGAGGAGAGGAAGAAACUACAGGAGGAGAUCAUGAACAGUGUCAAGGGCUGUGGGAACUGCUCCUGUUGAGGAGAGAGACAAGGACAUCCCUCAAUACCUGUCCCUUCCUUCACUCACUGACAGCCUGCCCUCAGUACUUUAGUCUCUCUCAGGGGAGGGGCCAUCUACACCUCUCCAUCUCACUCCUGCCACAACAAACCCUGGGCUGACUGCCCCUCCCCUUGCUCCUCUUGAGAAGGCGAUUGGUGGCCGAAGAGGAGACUGAUGACAUUGGCUGAUGUCUACAGAGAGGCAGUGUUCAUCUACCAAUCAUCUCAGGACAAACCACGCAUAAGAGAUCUUGUAUAUGAUGACAUCAUGGUGUGGAGGAUUGAGUGAGAACAGGACUGAGUAAGAACAGGACUGAGUAAGAACAGGACUGAGUAAGAACAGGACUGAGUAAGAACCGGACUGAUGGACUGAGUAAGAACCGGACUGAGUAAGAACCGGACUGAGUGAGAACAGGACUGAGUAAGAACAGGACUGAGUAAGAACAGGACUGAGUAAGAACAGGACUGAGUAAGAACAGGACUGAGUAAGAACAGGACUGAGUAAGAACAGGACUGAUGGACUGAGUAAGAACCGGACUGAGUAAGAACCGGACUGAGUAAGAACCGGACUGAGUAAGAACAGGACUGAGUAAGAACAGGACUGUGUAAGAACAGGACUGAGUAAGAACAGGACUGUGUAAGAACAGGACUGAGUAGGAACAGGACUGAUGGACUGAGUAAGAACCGGACUGAGUAAGAACCGGACUGAGUAAGAACAGGACUGAGUAAGAACAGGACUGUGUAAGAACAGGACUGAGUAGGAACAGGACUGAUGGACUGAGUAAGAACCGGACUGAGUAAGAACAGGACUGAGUAAGAACAGGACUGUGUAAGAACAGGACUGAGUAAGAACCGGACUGAGUAAGAACCGGACUGAGUAAGAACAGGACUGAGUAAGAACAGGACUGAGUAAGAACAGGACUGAUGGACUGAGUAAGAACCGGACUGAGUAAGAAUAGGACUGAGUAAGAACCGGACUGAGUAAGAACAGGACUGAGUAAGAACAGGACUGAGUAAGAACCGGACUGAGUAAGAACCGGACUGAGUAAGAACAGGACUGAGUAAGAACCGGACUGAGUAAGAACAGGACUGAGUAAGAACAGGACUGAGUAAGAACAUUAAAGUGUAUUUGCCAGAUCGGUGCCCAUGUUGCAUGAUGUCAUCGUGUACAGUUUGUUAGAACGGAACACUGGUUGGACUUCACCUUCAUGUCCAAUGGAAAGAAAGACAUUACAAUGUGUAGAAUUAUGUAAAGGCAUUGGAGAAAGAACAUGGUGUUUUUGUGUGAUAACCUGAAUAAAGAGCAGUGAGACUCAGA